AUGCGUCUCGAUGCUACUGACCUGCGAUAUGUGCUCCCCGACGAGUUCCGAGUACUCACUGCUGUGGAGAUAGGCUCGAAGAACCACGAGGUUGUCCCGACGUCUUUGAUCGCAGAGAUCUCGGCGGUCCGAGGUGGGAAUGUCAAUAAGGCGUUGGGAGCGCUGGCAAAGCGGGACCUUGUGGCUAGGGUGCAGAAUGCCAAGUAUGAUGGGUACCGGUUGACGUACGGUGGACUCGACUACCUCGCUCUGCGGACAUUCUCCAGGCGCAAGCCACCAUCUGUGGCGUCAGUAGGGAAGAAGAUUGGUGUGGGGAAGGAGAGCGAUAUCUACGUGGUCAAGGAUGAAGAGAGGGACUCGAGGGUACUGAAGCUGCACCGUCUCGGUCGUAUCUCUUUCCGAGCCAUCAAGUCCAAGCGAGACUACCUCGGCAAGCGCAAGUCGGCGAGCUGGAUGUACAUGUCCCGUCUUGCCGCCCAGAAGGAGUUUGCGUUCAUGAAGGUGCUCUACCAACAUGGCUUCCCUGUACCUGUCCCAAUCGAUCAAGCCAGACAUUGCAUUGUCAUGUCUCUCAUCGACUCAUAUCCCCUCCGCCAAAUAGACAAAGUCCCCGACCCAGCCGACCUCUACUCCAAACUCAUGACCCUCAUCCUCGAGUUCGCACACGCCGGGCUCAUCCACGGCGACUUUAACGAGUUUAACAUCCUCAUCAAGCGGAAAGACGGAGAGCCUAUCGUGAUUGAUUUCCCGCAGAUGGUGUCUACGAGGCAUGAGAAUGCGGAAUACUUCUUCAACCGUGAUGUCAACUGUAUUAGGCGUUUCUUCACUCGGCGGUUCGGCUUUGUUGGGACGACGUGGCCGACGUGGAAGGAUGUCCUGGAAGAGGAGGACGCUGGAGUGGAGGAUGAGGCGGAUGGUGCAGAAGCGAAUGGGGCGGGGGAGGAGACCACGGUCGAAGGGGAGACGGAGGACGUGGAGGACAGCCCGAAGCCAUCUGUGGGGGAUCCAAAAGCGGGGAAGCGAUUACGGCUAGAUCUGGAGGUCGAGGCGAGUGGCUUUGGACGAGCAUUGCAGCGAGAGCUCGAAGAUUACAUGAUCGAGGUGCAAGACAUGCCACUGUCAGGCCCAGAGUACGAGGAGGACGAGGAGGCAGAUGGCGAGGAGGACGGCGAGGAAGAUCAAGUGAAUGCAGAGGAGGAAGCGGACCUAUCAGAACCAGCCGACCCUACCCCACCCGCACCCUUCGACGAGACCGCAUUCCAAUCGCAAAUAUCCACCCGUCUCGAGAAAAUGCGCCUAAGCAAGGCGCUCGGAAACGACGAAGACUACAUCUCCCCUCCGUCCGCCGAAGAGAAGGCCAACAACUCGGACUCUGACUCGUCAGAAGAUCUCCUCUCGGACGGUCCACCCCAGUCUGACUUUACGGCGUAUACCCGCACACGAGUGCAUCAUGCUCGUCCGACGGCCAAAAAGCUGGAUACGAACCCUCUCUCCCUCAAGAACGUGGUGGCGCGGCAGGUGGAGAAGGAGUUGGCCGGGAGUGAUAAGCGGUCGGUCAAGGGAAAAGUGGGCAAGGCCAAGGGGCACAAGUGGAAGGCGAAUCCGAACUACUCGGUCGGUGGCAAGGGAGAUGGAUGGCAGUAG